UUUUAGUAAAACAUGCCUUCCUACAAGCUGACCUACUUCGACAUCCGAGCGUUCGCCGAGCCAGCACGCAUGCUUUUCCAUCUUGGUGGAGUUCCAUUUGAAGAUGCUCGUAUGCCAACGGAUGAUAUUGUACCGGGAAUUCAAAGUGACCAGUUUUUGGCGUUGAAAGAAAAAACCCCAUUUGGAAGAUUCCCGAUCCUUGAGUUCGAUGGAUUCAAGAUUGCCCAGUCCGCUGCUAUCCAACGCUACCUUGCCAGAAAAUUUGGAUUUGCUGGUAAAACUCCGGAAGAAGAAGCCUACGCUGACUCAAUUGUUGACCAGAUGAAGGAAUACAUCGAGUCAUUCCGACCAGUACUUUAUGCCCAGAAAAGUGGAAAACCGGAGGAAGAAGUCAAGAAAAUCCACGAUGAUGUCUACAUUCCUGCAAAGAAUAAUCUCAUCAAGAUUUUGAAUCGACUUUUGAAAGAUAACAAGUCAGGAUUCCUAGUUGGAAAUGGGUUGACUUACGCGGAUCUAGUCGUGGCUGAUCAUAUGUUCACUUUGAGCAACAUUAAGGAAUUGGAUUCAGAGGAUCCAACUCAUAAGAUUCUGAAAGAUUUUCAGGAAAAGAUCUAUGGACUUCCAGAGUUGAAGGAUUACAUUAAGAACAGACCAGAAAGAGAUAUGUAAUUUCUUUAUUAUAUUUUAUUGUACGUAUAUUGUCCAAUUUUUAUUUGCAAUUUGAACUGAAAUAUUUUACUAUGUUUUCACCAUAAACUUUGCUUGAUUUA